UGUCCAACUCUAGACCGGGAACAGGCUGCGCACGUUCACUUAUAGGCAAACUAAAAACUUCAAACUACUAACGUUACACAUCACAGUCCUUGCGUGUUGCUGUCAUGCCUGCUAAAAAGACUGCCACACCUGCUAAAAAGACUGCCACCAAGAGGAAGUCUGAGCCUAUUGCUGAAGAUGAUAAAGACCCCAAGAAAGUGAAAGUUUCCCACAGGAGUCAUGGCAAGGAGGCGGGUCAGGUGCUUGUUCUGGGCCAGGGUGAUGUGGGCCAGUUGGGCCUAGGAGAGACCACCAUUGAGAGGAAAAAGCCAGCCCUCUUGUCCCUGCCAGAGAAAAUUGUACAAGUGGUUGCGGGAGGCAUGCACACUGUGUGUGUCGGCGAGACUGGCCAUGUUUACACUUUUGGCUGUAAUGACGAAGGUGCCCUCGGUCGGGACACAGCGGAGGAGGGGUCUGAGAUGGUUCCAGGAAAGGUGACGUUGGAGGAGAAGGUGGUCCAGGUGUCGGCAGGGGACAGCCACACGGCUGCACUCACAGAGGAUGGAACAGUGUACAUAUGGGGCUCCUUCAGGGAUAACAAUGGUGUUAUAGGUCUUCUGGAGCCCAUGAAGACCUGCACCGCUCCAGUCAAAGUCCCCAUGACGGAACCCGUUGUGAAAAUUGCAUCGGGUAACGACCACCUUGUUCUGGUUACACUGGCGGGGAAUCUGUACACAUCAGGCACUGCAGAGCAGGGGCAGCUGGGAAGAGUGCCUGAGCACUUCUCAGACAGAGGAGGCAGGAAAGGCCUCAGCCGGUUGCUGGUACCACAAAUGGUAAAAAUCAAAGGGAAAGUUCACUUCAUAGAUGCCUUCUGUGGGGCAUACCUCACCUUUGCUGUGUCAAAAGAGGGGCCUGUUUACGGGUUUGGUCUCUCCAACUAUCACCAGCUGGGCACUAAAAACACCAAGAUGUGUUUUGUCCCAAUAAAACUGUCAUGCUUUAAAAACUCCACCACCUACUGGGUGAAUUUCUCUGGAGGACAACACCACACACUCUGCCUUGAUGCUGAAGGACAGGUGUAUAGCCUGGGCAGAGCAGAAUAUGGCCGCCUUGGUCUGGGCCAAGGGGCAGAAGAGAAGAGUGAGCCCACGCCAGUGAUCGGGAUGGAGCCAGCCAGUGGAUUGACAUGUGGGGCGUCUGUCAGCUACGCCGUCACCAGAGAAGGGUCGGUGUAUGCCUGGGGCAUGGGCACCAACCUGCAGCUCGGCACAGGAGAGGAGGACGACGAGUGGAGCCCCGUGAAGAUGACCGGCAAGCAGCUGGAGAACCGUGUAGUACUGAUGGCCUCCAGUGGAGGGCAGCACACAGCCCUUUUGGUCAAAGACAAGCAGGAGAGCUGAUGUCCAUCAAAGACGGGGGUGUUUUGAUGUUUGGAGGCGGGGCUUUUUUUCAUGAUGCCUAAAUCUGGGGAGGGGGUUGAUGGGACUUUCUGCCCUGAGCCGAGGGAGUGUGAGAGGUUCGGGCCCUUUGAUGAACUCUUCGCUCCCUAGUGAGCGAAAUGUUCAUGGAUGUCCAAUAGAUCAUGACAAAUGAGACAAUUCUUUUUUCUUUUUUUUUUAUUAUUAUUUUUUUUAUCGAGUAUUUGAUGUUCCCUUUGAAUUAUUUUCAUUAAAUGUCAUUAGUAUGACUGAGAUGUUUGUGAAUGUGAUGGUUUGCAUGUACGUAAAGGAAAUGAGAGUGCGAGCCUUUUAAUGACUUCCCCAAACAACUUGUCUUUUUAAUGAUGUUGUUCUUAGCAAUAAUCCCACAGACCGUGGUUCAGGCAGGACAUUCACACUCAAUGAGUCUAUUAUGUGAGACUACUGUUCAUUUUACCGAGGCUACGCAAUUGUUGUGACUAUUUGGACAUUUGGUAAUGCGUCAUACUGUACAUCCUGCAUUCUGUUGCUUUUCCUGUCUGAAAAUAAAGAUAACAUUUUAAUCCCUUUCUUAUCCAAGGCAUCACAAAUGUUGCCGUUUUGAUAAUCGAUUGAGUUAAAUUCCACACAAAAAACAUCAAACAUUUGCUGGUUUGAGUUUCUCCCAUGUCAGUGUUUGUUGCUCAUCUUUGUCUUAAUACACUUUUUAGUUUAGACCGUUUCAAAAAUGCCACUUUUGGUUCGGGGAAAUUGUGAUGAACAUUUUUAACCAUUUGUCCAUACAGACAAAAUAAUGACUUGAUCAAUCAACAAAAUAGUUGGCAGUAAAAUGUAGAGGAAGACAACAUGGCCUCGUAAUGUGUUGGCAAUACCUUAGUGGGCGGAGGUUAAGAAGUUUCCUUUCUAGCAUUUUGGCGCAGUUGCACCCGAGCUACUUUAUGUCUAUAAUGCACGCCAACAACACAUUCCAUACACACAGUCAUUAAUGUAAAUCAGAAACACUUAAUGAUGGAAAUGACGGCUCAAGUACAUGCAUCAAAGCUACAUGCUUUUUGUGUUUUAUCUGGGGUGAAAUUGUCCUUGCUCGUCUCAUCUUGCUUUCAUCUAUUACCAAAAGGGAUGAUGAAGUAUAAAGGCCCUGAAAAACCCCUUGUGGCAGAAAGCUUCUCAAAAAGCUUUGAAAUGCUGAAGUAUCUUUCAUAAGCAGUUAAUUGGUCUGAGUGAACCUCUUCCCCCGUUUGUUUUCCUCCACUGUUAGUCAGAAAUACAUGUGCAGGCUCACUGCUCAACAGUAAUGGUUGCACAGCGGCUGUAAGAGUUUUAAAAGCAAGAGAGAUUGUUGUUAACCGUUUCAAAUGCUUCUGUUCUGCCAAUUCAAUGUUAACUCUUCUUUUUUAGUGUAAAACAUCAAAUGUUCUGGCUAUUAAAAGAAUUGCAGCUUUCUUCAUCACA